AUGGCACCUUACGUCCAGGACACUGCUGGCGAUGUCUUGUCUACAGCCCACCUCCAAUUGAAGAGUGUGGCACUAAAGCAUGACCAGGUUUCAAAGCCCGUUGCAGACGACUUCAUGUACGAUUUCAAGUACAACCACAGUCUCCCUACCACCGAGGUUUUGGGAAUUGAGAUCCCUGCCGAUUGCGAUGCCCAAAAAGAGGCUGAGGGGAUUGUAGCUCGUCUCUCCAAAGCCACUUUUAGUGAAGAUGCGGAAGCUUUUGCUGGACUAUUCCUCGACUAUGGUGUAUGGCGUGAUAAGCUCUCAUUCACUUGGGACUUCCGCACAUUCAACUUCAGAGACGCCAUUCUGAAAGCCGCCACAGACCUCUUGCCUCAGACUAAGGCUAGAAAUUUUGAGUUUCUCGCGCCUGCGCCUUCGGUGUCCCGCCCGUAUCCCGACUUCUCCCAGCUACAAUUUGUUGUUUCAUUCGAGACUGAGGUUGUUACUGCUUCUGCGGUCAUCAACGCAGUCCUUACUAAAGAUGGCUGGAAGAUUUACACAAUGCACACUGUUGCUGAGAGUCUGAAACAAUUCCCAGAGCAGGCUGCCGCAGACGGGCAUAUGACUGGUAUCACUAGCUGGGAAAGUCAGCGAUCCGAAACUAUCAACACCGUGGAUCCCGAGGUGCUGAUCAUCGGCGGUGGUCAAAAUGGUCUCGCAAUGGCAGCACGCCUCAAAGUCCUAGGCAUGGAGAACCUGAUCAUCGAGCGCAGUGACGAAGUCGGAGAUAUCUGGAAGAAGCGCUACGAGUACCUCUCUCUACACUUCCCUCACUGGCCCGAUGCCUUGCCAUACUUCAAAUACCCUCAACACUGGCCCACUUACACCCCAGCUCAAAAGCAGGGCCUGUACAUGAAGUGGUAUGCAUCUGCCUUGGAGCUCAAUGUCUGGACCAAGUCAGAAGUUGUCAAGGCCGAUCAAGACUCCGAAGGAAGGUGGACUGUCAUAAUCAACAAGGCAGGAGAGACUCGCACUUUGCAUCCCAAGCAGCUCAUAAUGGCCACCUCGCUAUGCGGUGUUCCGUCCACCCCAGCCGUACCUGGCAUGACCGAUUUCCGAGGUGUGAUCCGUCAUUCCAGCGCUCACAAAACAGCCCGCGACUUCAUCGGAAAGAAGGUCUGUGUUGUUGGCACUUCUUCCUCGGGAUUCGAUACAGCCUACGAAUGUGCCCGCCUAGGCAUCGACGUGACCCUUCUCCAACGAUCACCGACAUACGUCAUGUCCUUGACUCAUUCGGUUCCCCGUAUGCUUGGGGGCUAUGCGCCUGAUCAGAAUGGCAAACUCCCCGAUACAGAUGUGCAAGAUCGCCUCAACUUCUCAAUGCCAGUUGGUCCAGGCGAGGAGCUCGCUAAGCGCACAGCAAAAGACCUCGAGGAUCUCGAUAGCCCUAUGCUUGAAGCUCUGAAUGCCCGAGGACUUCGCACAUGGCGCGGUCAGCGCGACACCGGCAAUUCUACACUCGGACAGACCCGGAACGGCGGGUUCUAUUUCGAUGCCGGGGCUUGCGACGAGAUUAUCAAUGGAAACAUUAAAGUUGAGCCAGGAUUUAUUGAGAAGUUCACCGAAGACAAGGUAAUCUUGAACGGCAACCGCGAAAAGGAGUUCGAUCUCGUCAUCUUUGCUACUGGAUUCUCGAACACGAUUGAUUCCAUUCGGGCCACUCUCGGCGAGAAGAUCGCCAGUCAGUGUGGACCUAUUUGGGGAAUUGACGAGGAAGGUGAAUACAAGACAGCUUAUCGGGAGACUGGGGUUCCUAAUAUGUGGAUUAUGGUCGGUUUCCUACCGAUGACUCGGUAUGCCUCGAAAUUGUUGGCUUUGCGACUCAAGGCUCUCAAAGAGGGUGUUUCACCACCUCCUUACAAGGCUUAG